AUGGCGUUGCAGGAUAUCAAAGAAGAAGAGCCAGAAGUGGCGUUUGGCGCUCGACAAAGCGCACAGCGUGACGAGUCGCUGGAAUCGGCCCCGUUGCACGUCGUGGGGCUCGGGAUGAUUGGCGUGCCGGGCGUGAGUGGUGCGCAGACCGCGCUCAGCGGUGAUUCGGUUGCCAGCACCGCGAUUCGUGGCGGCAGCGUCGAGGACGCGGCCGCGGCCGCGUCCGGCGAGAUGGCGGGCGGCCAGGAGGCGCUGCUGCCGCCGCUGCCGGACGUCAACGGCGUGAGCGAGGAGCUCAUGGGUGGGAACGCUGCGGUGGUCGACGCCACGCCCGCGGCGGCCGCUGCCGCGGCCGCGCUGGGCGACAGCGUGACCGCGCACGUCAGCGCGAACACCACGUCCGUGUCGCUCGAGUCGUCGACGGGCACCGCUGACAGCGUGCUCAGCAGCGCAAUGGAGCGUGUUUCGGAGCCCGACACCUCGUUCGACUUGUCGAAGGCACUUGAGAUCCCGCACGACUCGUCCAACUCCAAUUCCAACCCCAUGUCGCCCGUGCUCACGUCGCCCAAGCUGUCGCUCAAGCGCAAGUUUUCGAGUUCUCUCAUGCCCGCGGCCACCAACAGCGCGGCGCCAGUGGCGCCGGCCAACGGCAAUUCCUGCUCCGGCGACGCGUCGACUGCGGCCGUGGGGACCGGCGCGAUCAACGCGGCGUCCAUUGCGUCGCAUUCCGACUUGCCGUUGCGUCGUUCCAGCACGCGCUCCAGCUCCCACAGCGUGGACCACACCUCCAAGACCAACUCCCCAAUCAACAUCCUGCCCCGGCUCAGCGCCAAUUUGGAGUCGGCCGCGGCCAUGGUGAAGGAGCAGAUGGGCCUGGAUAACAACAACAACAGCAGCAGCACCAACACCAACACCAACACCAACACCGUACGAAAGCUCCCCAGAAAGUUCAGUUUCGGAAGCAGCAGCAGCUCUUCCCACUCGUUCCACGACAAUGAUGAUCUCGUCUAUAAACCGCCCCCCACAUUGCUGGAGGGCGAGCGUGAGUUUCCCACGUCGGAAGCCAGCUCCCCCGUGUCCCCGAGCUUCGGCUCGUCAAUGGAGUUCGAACCCGGCACCGCCAGGCGAAUGCCCCUUCUCAAGCGCGCCUCAAGCGCGAUUCUGCGGAAAACUUCGCUCUCCAAGAAGGACCCUGAGGACUCAGGCGCACUUCUACCUUCCCCUGCAUUAAUGGCGAGUUCUGCCAAUGAACUUCGCCAAACUUCAUCAUUCUCAGCAUUGUCAUACGAGUCCGAACUUCUCACGAAGCAACGCGGCAAAAACAAAAGAAAACUCUUCAUAAGAACUGCAUUAUCAUCCACUAGAAGUUGUAGUAGUCCCGAAACCCUCGACUUCUCCACUCCUAUAUCUGCCACCACUCCAUCUCUUUCAUCAGAACCACUUUCGUGUCAACGUUCCCUGGGAAGCAAAUUCAAACGCAGUUUCACCAGGAUCAUAAGUGGCUCUCCAUCUGAGAAAAAUUUCGUCUCGGAAUCUGUUGCAGAUGACAUAUCAGUAAAGGUUCAAGCUCCACCUGGCGUAUCGACCACGCCAUCCUCUGAAAUUUCAGGUUCUCCUUUACUCUCGUCGCUCGAGGACUCUACCCCAUUCGAACCUCCAGGUAUCACUUCUCGUGUUACCCCAGUUAGUGAUAACUUCUCGUUGGCUCGUAGGUCUGCCUCUUUCACACGGCCCACGGUCACGAAAACGUCCUCUUCUACUUCCACUGUAAGGCAAACUCCCGUUGGUAAAAGAAAUCCUGCUUCCAAAAAGAUUUCCAACUACAACAAGAAAAAUGCUAGUACCACUGGCAGUCUCAACACUGGGAGAGAUAAUAGUGUUUUCAGCGGUAAUGAUACAAGUGGAUCAGUGAGCAACGAAUCCGAAAUCGAAGAGAUCACCGUCGAUAUUGAUGAAAUUACAAAAGCACUACCGGUCAUUACAAUCACUGAAAAAUUCGGAGCUAAAAAUGCAACUCCAAUUCAAACUCAAUCAAAUAUUGGCCUGGAUAAGAUUUACCAAGAGGAUAGUCGCAGGGCGGUAACACCUCAAUCUGUUCCAGAUGAACUAAAACCAAGCAAAAUCAGUCUAAGAGAGUACAUCGAUAUUUUGAUACAGCAACAACGUGUGGAAGAUGAGAGAUUUGCCGUCCUCGAGAAAAAUUUCUCUUCUAGCGGAUGGUGCUCGCAAGAUGAUAUCAUAAGCAUUAAACAGAAAAGAAUCGUGAUAAACAAAAAAUGGGCAGAAAGAAUAUCAUACUAUCAAAAUAGAUUAGAAGUAUGA